AUGUCGGACUUGGAGGCUAACCCUCCCACAUCUAUCCCCAACGACCAUCAUUACGUCUCUAAACCCGGAGUCAGUGACAAAGAUGAAGAGAUCCACGACCAUGCGGCCAGACACACAUCCGCAUUCAAACAACUCGGGAUUCUUGAUCGCUUCCUCGCUGUGUGGAUUUUCCUGGCUAUGGCAAUAGGAAUUAUUCUUGGGAACUUCGUCCCUAGUACAGGUCCGGCGCUACAAAGGGGACAAUUUGUUGGCGUGUCUGUACCAAUCGCCGUCGGACUGCUGGUUAUGAUGUAUCCGAUCCUAUGCAAAGUGCGAUAUGAAACUCUGCACCGAACAUUCCGUUCCAAGAAGCUUUGGAUCCAGGUCGCUUUUAGCGUGGUGGUAAAUUGGCUCGUGGCACCUUUCUUCAUGCUAGCUCUAUCGUGGGCAUUUCUUCCUGAUGAAAGGGGACUAAGGGAAGGAUUGAUAAUAGUGGGGAUAGCCCGGUGCAUUGCAAUGGUUCUCAUCUGGACAGGUCUUGCCGGUGGAGACAGUGAAUAUUGCGCGAUCCUUGUGGCGAUCAAUUCUGUCUUGCAGAUGGUGCUCUUUGCACCCAUGGCCAUCUUCUUCAUCGAGGUCAUAAGCAACGAGGAUAUCUCGGGGUUACACUAUUCCUUAGUGGCCCAAAGUGUCGGUGUCUUUCUCGGAAUUCCACUGGGCGCCGCCAUCCUUGGCAGGGAGAAAUGGUAUCAAGAAAAGUUCCUGAAAUGGAUCAGUCCACUGUCACUGAUCGGCCUGCUUUUCACAAUCCUGGUAUUGUUUGCCUCGCAAGGCCGGCACGUGGUGCAUCAGAUUGUCUCCGUGGUUCGGGUUGCUGCCCCGUUGAUCGUUUAUUUUGCUGUGAUCUUUCUAACGACGCUGCUGGUGACCCGGCGACUUGGCUUUGGGUACGAGCUUUCCUGUACCCAGAGCUUCACUGCUGCGAGUAACAACUUUGAGUUGGCUAUUGCGGUCGCCAUCGCCGUAUUCGGCGUAGAUAGCGACCAGGCUUUGGCGGCCACUGUUGGGCCUCUGGUGGAAGUGCCCGUGUUAUUAGGGUUGGUGUAUGUAGUCAAGUGGUUUGGCAAGCGACAUAAUUGGUAG